UGUGCCUCACAGCCAAGUGAACAAGCUUUUCCAGCUCUUCCUCUUCCUUCUUCACUCAACGUCAACAUGAACAGAUUCAUCAUUUCAAUGAUUGCCCUUUUGGCUGUCUUCUGUGCUGUAUCUACAGCUUCACCUCUUUUAUACAGAGCUCCACAGUAUCAGAUGUACGAUGAUGUUCAGUUCGUAAAACGCAGCAACGCCGAGCUUAUCAACGGACUCAUCGGAAUGGAUUUGGGAAAAUUGUCAGCUGUCGGAAAACGCUCAAACGCGGAACUUAUCAACGGUCUUCUCAGCAUGAACCUCAACAAAUUGUCUGGAGCUGGUCGACGAUGAGAAACAUUUAUGGUCCUCGUUUUGAUUAUCGAUUGGUUUUAUUGCGCUCAUCUGCUCUGACAUGCGAUUCUGUUCUGCUCAUCGUCAUCUUCUUCAUCUUUUCCUUCUCAAAAACCUUCUCCAAUCAGUUCCUAGUCUGUUUGUUUUUUGAACCAACUCCUCCCCCUCCUCCACCAACAAAAACCUCUCUGAUAAUUUUCUAAACUGUCAUUGUUUGUGUGUGUGACAUAACCUUUUCCGAUAUGAAAAAUGUGUACUCUGUGAAGAAAAGAUCUUCGAAAAUCUUUUUGUUUCGUCGUGUUAUUUUUUGUGUGUGUGUCUUUAUAUUCUAUCUAUAUUUAUUUAAAUUGUCGUUUUCAACUGAACAGGAAGCAGGAAGUUAUGAAAUUUUCUUGGUUUUUCUACUUUUUACAAAAUAAUCUACUAAAUUUUAGUUACAUUACUUUUCUU